AUAACCAAGGCUUUGCCCAGGGUAACACUCGACUGAUUGACAUCGUUCUUAGGACCUCACUAUCAUGAACGAAAUACCAUUUUCCUCGAGCACCGAAGUGGCAGACGUCAAAUGGUUUGGCUCCGUUUGGCGUUAUCCACUUCUGCUUGCGAUCAUCUGGUUUCUACACACUGCAACCCUUGUGGUGUACCGGCUUACAUGGCACCCCCUUGCUAGCUUCCCGGGACCCGUCCUGUCUAGGGCCUCUUACGUGUAUGAGUUCUGGUUUGAUGUCAUCCUUCAAGGAAGAUAUACCCGCAAGAUCUCCAGCCUCCAUAAGAAAUACGGCCCAAUUGUACGGAUAAACCCGAACGAGCUGCACUGCAAUGAUCCUAGCUUCAUCGACGUUGUCUACGCCCAUGGGAAGGAGAAACGCAAUAAAUCAGACCACUACUUGGCCGCGAUGCCUUGGGGUUUACGACUGGCCAGCGUUGGUACAGAAGACCAUGACCAUCACCGACUCCGUCGAGCACCAGUCACAAAAUUCUUCUCCCGCUCCCAGAUAAUGAAACGCGAAAGUAUCUUUCAUGAGAAGAUCCAACAUCUUUGCGACAAGCUGCUUCUCUACCGCGACCGUGCGCCAUUUCAGCUGGCUGCUGCGUACUCCUGCUUUACCACCGAUGCACUGACGAGCUAUUGCUUUGGCCGUAGCCUGGGGAAUCUCGAACAGCCUGGUUGGAACCCAAGUUUCAAAGGAACAGUUGACAAGAUCACCGGCUUGUUUUAUCUCAGCCGUCACCUACAUACCCUGGCACGUUUGGCGGAUGUUAUGCCUCUAUCUGUCUGCCGUGUUAUUUCGACUGAGAUCAGCUCAUUGCUGGAACUGAUUCGCGUCACCAUUCCGAAGCUGGUGGAACAGUCUAAGGGCACCAGCGAUACCGACACAGGAAAAAAGCAGCUGACGGUUGUUGAAACAAUUCUUCAGUCUGAUCUUCCUGAAGCUGAGAAGACACCCGACCGGCUUACAAGCGAAGCCAUCGCCAUAGUCCUAGGAGGCACCCACAGCAUAUCCACCGUACUCUCAAUUGCGACCUUCCACCUACUCACCAAUCCGGGCCAACUGGAAAGACUACUUGCAGAGCUCCACACUGUCGUCACAGACGAAACUAACCUCCCGUCAUGGUCCACUUUGGAAAAGCUGCCCUACUUGAAUGGUGUCGUCCUUGAAGCGUUGCGUCUGAUGUAUGGCGUUGCGAGUCGAAUCUCCGUCAUUGCACCGGAUGAAGAACUAUUGUACACGCCGACUGAAAGCCCAUCUGGUACCACAUCUAAUGGUGGCACCUCUUACACAAUCCCACGUGGUUACGCUAUCGGGGUAUCAUCGUACAUGAUACACAUGGAUCCCACCCUCUUCCCAAAUGCCUCAGAAUUCAUUCCGGACCGAUGGUUGGAUAAGGAAGGCCAAAGGGACAGGGGUCUAGAGAAAUACUUGAUGUCCUUUUCCAAGGGCCACCGUCAGUGCAUCGGGAUGCAGCUGGCUUACUGCGAACUCUACCUUUCAGUCGCGGCUCUGGCUCUGCGUGUCAUGCCUCACAUGACUCUCCAUGACACAACUAUAUCAGACAUCGCAUACGAUCACGAUCAGCUGAUUGCCAUGCCAAAGAAGGGCAGCAAGGGCGUUCAAGUAGCCAUACAUUAGCAGUGAUUAGUCGGUUUGGGGCCCGGACUAAAAUCGAAGCAAGAAACCAGUGCUUGACGAGUUAUACACAAUUUCCAUUGUACCUUAUUGAAAAUCAUGGAUAUUAAGGCCUGUCACUAGUCUCUAUAUGUCUGCAAUGAAAAUGGC